AAUUCAGCACUAAAACCAGUGUGAGAAGCAGUGUGUGUGAGUGUUUGUGUGUGUGUAUGUGUGUGUGUGCUUGUGCGUGGUGUAAAAUGUGCUUUUCAAAGUGCUGAGAGGUUGAUGGGAAUGUUUGAUUAGUUCCUCUGAAAAGAAAAGGUGCUUGGACCUCUUCUUGUUUCUUCUUUAGAAUAAUUUGGAUGGAAUUUGUGAUGCAGAAAAGCUUAAGGAAAAAAGGACAUCCAUUCUGUGGGGUGGAAAAUUCUUGAAAAAAAAAUUUGCUUUCUUCAAACAAGGGUGCCAUUUUGAUAUUUAUGGGGAUCGUUGUCCUCACUAUGAAGGCAUCUGUUAUUGAAAUGUUCCUUGUUUUGCUGGUGACUGGAAUACAUUCAAAUAAAGAAAUGACAAAGAUUAAAAGGCCUAAAUUCAAUGUGCCUCAGAUCAACUGUGAUGUCAAAGCUGGAAAGAUAAUCAAUCCUGAGUUCGUUGUGAAAUGUCCGGCAGGGUGCCAAGACCCCAAAUACCACGUUUAUGGCACAGAUGUCUAUGCAUCCUACUCCAGCGUGUGUGCCGCUGCUGUUCACAGUGGUGUGCUUGAUAAUUCAGGAGGGAAAAUACUUGUUCGGAAAGUAGCUGGACAGUCUGGCUAUAAAGGGAGUUAUUCCAACGGCGUCCAGUCCCUGUCCCUCCCACGGUGGCGAGAAUCCUUCAUCAUCUCAGAAGGUAAACCCCCAAAGGGUGUAACCUACCCAUCGGCUCUUACAUAUUCAUCACCUAAAAGCCAAGCUGCCAAAGCAGGUGAGACCACAAAAGCCUAUCAGAAUCCAUCAGUUCCAGGGACAACUGCAGAGCCAGUCACCUUGAUGCAGGUACCAGGGACCACCCUAGUAAAAGCCACCCACACCACCUUGCCAAAGCCAUCCCUGUCUGCAGGUUCUACCACCAGCAGCCCCAGACUACAGCCCGUGGGCCACAGGAGCUGGGAACUGGAUCUCUGGUCCACCAUCACCUACACAAGCAGCCAAAACAGCCCCCGCGGCAAUCCAGGGGAAACAGACUUGUGGAAACCUGGAUCAGUCCUUUUAGACGCAGGAUUUGUUCCAAAAGAAGAAUUAAGCACACAGUCUUUGGAACCAAUAUCCCAGGGAGAUCCAAACUGCAAAGUUGACUUGUCGUUUUUAAUGGAUGGGAGUGCAAGCAUUGGCAAACGCCGAUUCCGAAUCCAGAAGCAGUUCCUGGCUGACAUUGCGCAAGCUCUUGACAUUGGCCCUGCUGGUCCACUGAUGGGUGUUGUUCAGUAUAGUGACAACCCUGCUACCCAAUUUAACCUCAAGACUCACAUGAAUUCCCAAGAUCUGAAGGCAGCCGUAGAAAAGAUUACCCAGAGAGGAGGGCUGUCUAAUGUAGGCCGGGCCAUCUCCUUCGUGACCAAGAACUUCUUUUCCAAAGCCAAUGGAAACAGAGGCAGCGCUCCCAAUGUGGCUGUGGUGAUGGUGGACGGCUGGCCCACAGAUAAGGUGGAGGAGGCUUCAAGGAUUGCAAGAGAGUCAGGAAUCAACAUUUUCUUCAUCACCAUUGAAGGUGCCGUUGAAAAUGAGAAGCAGUAUGUGAUGGAGCCCAACUUUGCAAACAAGGCUGUGUGCAGGACCAACGGCUUCUACUCGCUCAGCGUGCAGAGCUGGUUCAGCCUCCACAAGACUGUGCAGCCCCUGGUGAAGCGGGUCUGUGACACCGAGCGACUGGCCUGCAGCAAAACCUGCUUCAACUCAGCCGACAUCGGCUUUGUCAUUGAUGGCUCCAGCAGCGUGGGAACGGGCAAUUUUCGCACAGUUCUCCAGUUUGUGGCCAACCUCAGCAAAGAGUUUGAGAUUUCAGACACGGACACGCGCAUCGGGGCUGUGCAGUACACCUACGAGCAGCGGCUGGAAUUUGGGUUCGACAUGUACAGCACCAAGUCAGACAUUCUCAAUGCCAUCAAAAGGGUAGGCUACUGGAGCGGUGGGACCAGCACAGGGGCUGCCAUCAGCUACGCCUUGGAACAGCUCUUUAAGAAGUCCAAGCCCAACAAGAGGAAGUUAAUGAUCCUCAUCACUGAUGGGAGGUCCUAUGAUGACAUCCGAAUACCAGCCAUGGCCGCCUAUCACAAAGGAGUGAUUACCUAUGCAAUAGGCAUUGCUUGGGCUGCACAGGACGAGCUGGAUAUCAUCGCCAGUUACCCUGCCAAGGACCACGCCUUCUUUGUGGACGAGUUUGACAACCUCUACAAAUUUGUCCCCAAGGUCAUCCAGAACAUUUGUACAGAGUUCAACUCACAGCCUCGGAACUGAAUUCAGAGCUGGCAAAGCACCAGCAAAUGCCGCUUUCCCGACUGGCUCUGGGACACCCUGUGCUCUAUGGGGCAGCAAGGCACAUGGGGCUUGGGAAACGAUGGGCCGUUAUUAUUCCUUGCCAGUGUGGUGUUUCAUACUUUAAAACUUGCAGUUAGAAAGAUGAUCAUAAAUCUGUAGAAUGAGCCAAAAUGAUACAUCCUUCUGAGGGUGCUGGGGAUUUUAGAUUUUGACAAUUGUGUUCAAAAUAACUAUUCAGAAUAGAGUACAACAUUUAUGACAGGCUUAACCAAAGCUUUUGUGAGGUUAUUUUAUUUUUUAUUUCUCAUUAGAACUCUGUAACUCUCAACAAGUUUCAUUUUUGUCAUGACAACAUAGGAGUUGCUUAAUUAAAUAUUUAAAAGAACAUCAUG